ACCUCCGACCACUCCCGCACUCCCGCCCGAGUACGACAGGACGACAGGCAACUGGCAAGGGUCUUCUGCAAGUUCAAGUGACGACAGUUUGUGGUCAUUUCAUUUGACAUCUAAAACUUUACGGUCCACCGAGGAAACCCAUACAGCCUGCUGCGGUCAUCAGACACGCUCCCAGGUUGGAGGCCGCCACGCCUGGCGUUUCGAGGUGGCACUUUGCCACCUCGAACUGGUGGUUGAAGGAGGUAGACCCACCGUCACUGGGCAUCUGCGCCAGGGCGAGCCACCGUCCCGAGUCACUUCUGGCCUCGGCUUGCUUCGGCAGCAUCCUCGUUCGGCAAGGGGCCAUGUCUGGCCUACCCGUGCCAGGCGCAGUGGGCAACAGAAAGAUCCACAAGGCCGUUCGGAUGGCUAGGAGGGACGCCAUGUCCCCAGCCCUGAAAAAGGUCGAGAAACCGGUCACUGCAGAGGGCGAAGGGCCGCUGAGGGACGACCUCAGCUUCCUCACGAGGGGAAUGCACACGGAUGUGGAGUUCCUGGUAGAGCACGGUUUCGACGACUCCCCUCGAAGCGUCCGGGCCCACAAAAUGGUCCUCGCCAUGCGAAACGAGGUCUUCGAAUCCAUGUUCUAUGGAAAUCUGCCAGAGGGGGAUCAGGUUCGCAUCACCGACUUGGACCCAGACGGAUUUUCUACGUUCCUCAGGUACCUCUACAGCCAGCAAAUAACCUUCGUCGACAUAAAGCAGGCGCUGCACACACGAACGGCCGCCCAGAAGUACAUUGAGCCGAAGCUCGUGGAAGCCUGCGACAUGUUCAUCCAAAAGGCAAUGCAGCCAGCCAACGUGUGCGAUGUCUUAGACUAUGCGAUGACGCACGGAAGCAUCAUGAAGUUCGACAGCGUCAUCGACAGGCUCUUGGAAGAGAACGCCGAUCAGGUGUUGGAGUCGAGCGCGUUCGUCUCCGCAUCGAGGGACGUCGUCAUCAGGAUACUGAAGCACCCCCGGCUCUGCCUUAACGAGUAUGACGUGAUCGAGAGCGUCUACACAUGGGCGAUCGCUAACUGUGCCCAAGAAACCGACGAGUCUUAUGCCGCCGUGCUGCGAGAAAUCAUGAGGCCGUUCCUGCCAGAGCUGAGAUUCCUGACACUGACUUCUGUGGAGUUUGUCGAAGGUCCGUUGUCCUGGCACAUCCUGACGGAGGGCGAAGCUUUGGCGGUUCUCAGCAACAUCGUUAAACCCGGCUCGAAGAAGUUGCCGGAAAAUAUUUGCGCAAGCGUGGUAGAACGAACAGCGUCGGCAAAGACGUGUGUUACGGCCACCAUGAAAUGAGAGAUUUGAGAGAGCUGUACUUACUUGGCCUACAGCCAAAGUUACAAGUGCGUUCCAGCUCACGUCCGAGCGCAGCCAAAGCUGCGUGCGGCCAGGGCCAAUCAUAAGCCGCGCGACCUCGCCUGCACUUCCCGUAUCAUUCUGCGCAACACCCGGUCCACCCGCACCGAGAAAUUGAACGAAAAUGUUUUGUCUGGUCAAAAGUGCUCUUUCGUGGCACGAAAUGAACCAUUUCGGUAUAUUCUUGAUAUGUAUCACCACCUCUGAAGGGCGGCUGGUGAUCGAUUGAUGCUCUCUUAUGUUAGGAUUUGUGUGGACUCAUUCUUACCAGGGCUUCUCGUUGUCUACUGUGUGCUACAAAUGGGGAGUGCCCUUGUUUUACUUUGUGUUCGGCAAAUCUACUGGCCAUGACGCCUUUCUCUUUUACAUUGUAAUUGUGGAAGGGUGUAACAUACUGGAGUGUUCUUCACCUCCCGACGUUAGGUAAGAAAUUUCACUCGUGGGGGCGAACAAUUUUCUCUUUGGCAAUGAGUCAAGAAUGUCGGCGUUAUUUGUCAAAUUCUAGUGCUCUAUAUCAUGCACCUUGUGUAAACUUUGUCAGUUCUCAGUCAUACUGUCCUUGUGUGGAAAAUUUGCGUUUUGUUCAGGCGACGUGGGUUCCCAUUUAACCCAGCGUGGCAUUUUGAAGGAAGAUAUGUGUUUCUCUUCCUUUAAUGUGGAUAUAUGCUAAUCAAGCUUGCCUCUCCUGUUUUGUUGCUACAUUCGCUUAAAUGACAGCACAUUUGUCAAUAUCUGGGCAUUUGUCUAUGGCUCGUUAAAUUGCCUACAAUUCUGUGAGAAAAAUUUACAUGUGCUGUGUUUAGCGAGUAUUGUCAGCUUUGUCCAAAGGAGUAAUUGGUACCUUUCUAUGCUGGGACUGAAGAACCUCACAAUAUAUGUUCCACAAUAAAAAACAAGUUGGGGAUUUAAAAGCCUCGACAAAUGCAAAUACCUUCCAAACUGAUCAAAUUCUUGGUUUGACAAAAUUAAAUGGGUUGUAAGUGCUUCA